AUGAGAGGCAUCAGACUUCAUAUCUAUGGUGGCGCGGAAGUGAAAUGGGAAGAGAUUGAGAGGAGGGAUCGAGAAGGGAGUUCUGAUUGGAGUGGAGAAACCAGGUGCACACACGAAGCAAAUGAGACCUACCUUAACAAUGAAAUGGUUCUAUUUGGUAAAGAAACACUUCUGAUAAUAUUAGAGGAAAAUAAAAAAAAAGAAGAAAAUCUAAAAAUAGAGAUUGAAAACCUCGAGACGUCGGGACAAAAAGGAGACAACCCAACACUACCUGCAGGAAGUUAUACAUUUCCUUUCCGAUACCAGCUGCCAUAUUCUCUACCUCCCUCGUUUGAGGGUUCGGUCGGAAGAAUAAGAUACUGGAUUACAGGUACCAUUGACAAGCCAUGGAAGUUUGACGACAGAACGAAAAAGGUGUUUACAGUUGCCGGUCAACUCGACCUCAACCAGCGCCCCGAAGCAAUGAAAGUGUUGCGAGGUGAAGACGAAAUUUACAUAUGUUGCCUGUGCUGCGAAUCUGGGCCAAUCAGCUGUAACUUUGAACUUGACCGAAGUGGCUACGUUCCUGGGGAAUCUAUUCCUAUCAAAGCCAAGAUCACCAACCACAGUAACAGGACGAUUCGGGGAUCAAGCGCAGUAUUAUACUCGAUGGUCACCUAUUAUGCAACGACAAAGUCAAAAACAGAGGAAAACAUAAUAGGGAAACUAUCCCACAGAAGAAUUCUUCCUGGAGACUCAGAUACAUGGAAUGGAGACCUUCUACCGAUUCCACCAUUGCCUCCAUCUGACCAAAGGGGAUGUCGAAUCAUUGGAAUUGAGUAUUAUGUGAAGUUCUCUGUAGUUCCCACUGGACCUGCAAGCCAGUUAGAUAUACGGCUGAAAAUAAUCAUUGGAACCAUUCCUCUCUUGCCUGGGAUCGGAGAGCCUAUUCCUCCAAGUUACGGUCCAGGGCAGUGGCAGCUUCAUCAGGGGAGAGUACAGGCUUUUGCUCCACCAACAACAUCACAGCCAACACCAACGUAUGCCGAGAGUACGUUUGGUAAGGUGAACAUAAGAGAUGUGGACGACACUGAGUAUACCAAAGGAGACACGGACUAUGCUCCAAUGUAUGCUUACUACAACGAGGGAUCAAGAGCUGAGCCUUCAGCUCCUCCACAGUACUUAGAUGCAUCCACAUCUCCAGUAACAACACUGAAGCCUCCAGUCACUCACCAAUAG